UGAGUGAAUAUAUUUUUUUGAAGCUCUAGAAAAAGUCUGAGUUUUAUUAUUAAUAUUAUUACGAUACGACGAAACAUUGGUCCUCCGAUCCGCUGAACAAGUCCCUGGAAAAAUACGUCCAAGAAUAUCGUGCCGACAGAAAAAAUGGACAGUGCCUACAGCCUACCUAUGACUAGGUCUAAAAGUAAGCGUUUUGGAAAUGAACUACAUGCUAAUACAAAUGAGGCCAAGUUUACAGAGCCCUCCGAACUUGAAGGGAAAAAAGAUGUCAGUGUCAGACAAGAGCCAAAUAAUUUUUUUUCGGAAAGCAAUUUGGGAAAUAAAAUUAACAGUAAUCACGAAGAAGAAGUCAAUUCAAUUCGUAGUGUUAAAAGUAAAAGUUCCCAUAGCAGCAUCGAUGUAGAACGAAAAACACGUGCACUGGCCAUCGAAAAAGCUAGACAAGAAAUAGAACUUUUAGAAAAACAAAAUAAAUUAAAAUUGUUAGAAAUAGAAAAUGAUAUUUUUGAAACUAAAAUAUCUGACAGAUCUAGUAGAAUUUCUUCAAUUUCUAAACAAAAUUCAGUAAAAUCCUUUCUCUUAUGUGAUGAUGAAAAUGCCGAUAGGACUAGCAAGUGGGUGGAAAACAUUUCCGUGCCACAACCACUUACAGAUACUCCCAAAGAACGUGAUUCAGAACUGCUGAAGCUUCUUUGCCAAUCUGUUAGUGAAGCCAUAAAAACUGUAGCUGAUACAUCAAAGCAAGAAAAAUUUGUUGCCAGACAAAUUGUCGAAAAAGAUUUUCCCGCAUUUGAUGGUAAUCCAGAAGACUGGCCAGUUUUUAUUUAUCAAUUUCGCCAUAUAUCAUCGCUCUGUCAAUACUCAAAUGAAGAACGAAUGAUAAAAUUAAAUAAAUGUCUUAGAGGAGCAGCUAGAUCCGCAGUUUCAGGAAUGAUGAUGUCUCCAAAUAAUGUAGAUUUUGUUUUGAAAAACUUAGAACGAUGUUUUGGAAGACCAGAUUUAAUUAUCGAUAGGAUGUUACCUAAAAUACAGGCCAUACCGACUAUCAAAGAAAAUCAUAUGGAAUGUCUAAUUCAGUUCUCAAACCAUGUACGAUUUCGAUUUCGACGUUAAUAUGAAUAAUCCUCAAAUUUUAAGAGAAAUCGUUCAAAACCUACCAGACAUGUUAAAGUUGCGGUGGGAAGAAGAAGUAGUAAAAUAGCUUGGAAACGUUAACUUAGAAGUCUUUUCAAAUUGGACAGAUACUUUAGCUGCUACCGCCUGCUACGUUACAGUUCCAAAAAUUACAAAACCAGAUACAAAAUACAAGACAAAUGUUAAUUAUUUUUUAUAAAAAAUAUGAAACAUCCUUAGUUACCACUGAAAAUGACUCGACAAACCAUAAAGUAUAUUCUUAUUGUGAGUUAAAUGGACAUGCCGUAAAAAACUGCCCAAAAAUGUCCAAAGAUGAUAUAGAAACGAGAUGGGAAAAUGUAACAAAGAAAAAAUUAUGCUUCUCUUGUUUAAAGCAUAACCACCAAACCAAUAAAUGUAAGGCUAGAUAUCAAUGUGGUGUUAAUAACUGUAAAAGGUUCCAUAAUAAACUUCUUCAUAAAGAAUCAGUACCGUCUCAUGCUGACAACAAUGAUCCAGAACCAGACCACCACUCAUCUAAUAAAUAUGUAACUUCUUUACCGGUAAAUGUCUAAGCUGUUGGGCAUGGAAAAAAAUGUUUUGUUGAGGAUUCUUAAAGUAAAAUUAUACAGCCCUAACACUGUUAUCGAGACCAUCGUAGAACAACUAGGACUACGCAGAAACCCCCAUUCUUUAUGUGUGCAAUGGACGAAUAAUUUAUCUACUUGUCAUGCAUACUCAAGCUGUUUUGACUUAGACAUAUCUGGAGUUGCUAAAGGAGCUAAGAAAUUUGCUUUAAAGAACGUUCAUAGCAUAGAGAAUGUAUCAUUGCCAUUUCAAGUAAUUAAAAAAGAAGAUUGGACUAAGUAUUUUCAUUUGAAAGAUCUUCCUUUGCCAGAGAUUCAUCAGAGACCCUUGAUUCUGUUAGGACAAGAUCAGAUACGACUUACGGUAGCACGAACGGUAAUACAAGGCCUAGACGAUGAACCUGUUGCGACCAAGACAACGUUAGGCUGGACUAUGCAUGGAGUUUCUCCUAAAAAUAAAGAAAAAUUAUUCCUUUCUUCUCUGUGGCCAUAACACUUCAAAUGAUGCCCUCCAUCAAUUGGUUAAAACUUCCUUUACUAUUGACGCCCUUGGAGUGACACCUAUCCAAUCAAAAGCUUCCAAAGUGGAAGAAAGAGCACUCGACCUAAGGACAAAAACAGCUAAAAGAGUAAGGAUAGAUACGAAAUAGGACUCUUAUGGAAAUCAGAUAACUUGACUUUACCUAAAAGCAAAAUUGUAGCAAUGAAAAGAUUAUCCUAUGUAGAGAAGCAACUACAUAAGAAUGCAGAUCUCCAGAGACACUAUUCAGAGAAAAUUAAAAGCUAUCUAGACAAGGG